AUGGCUUAUAAUGGGAAAUCGGUUAAUAAGGUGUUCAACCAGGAUUUUAUCAUCGACAAGCGCUUCAAAAUCGUGAAGGAAUUGGGACAUGGAGCGUAUGGAAUCGUUUGUUCAGCAAAGUACGAUGAUGGUAUGUCUGACGGCCAGGAAAACUUCGUGGCCAUCAAAAAAAUCACGAACAUCUUUUCCAAAAAGAUCUUGUGCAAGCGACUGCUCCGUGAGUUGAAGCUCUUGCAGUUCUUCCGUGGCCAUAAAAAUAUUACUUGUCUCUACGACUUGGAUAUUGUUCCGGACCCAGUCACUGGUGAUUUCAAUGAGGUUUACUUGUACGAAGAACUUAUGGAAUGCGACAUGCAUCAAAUCAUCCGUCUGGGUCAGCCUUUGACUGACUCACAUUAUCAGCUGUUUGUGUAUCAGAUCCUAUGCGGGUUGAAGUACAUCCACAGUGCGGAUGUGCUUCAUCGUGAUUUGAAACCCGGUAACUUGUUGGUCAAUGCGGAUUGUGAAUUGAAAAUCUGCGAUUUUGGCUUGGCCCGUGGCUUUUCUGAAGACGUUGAGCAAAAUGCGGGUUUCAUGACCGAAUACGUGGCUACUCGAUGGUACCGUGCUCCCGAAAUCAUGCUUUCUUUUUCUAAUUACACAAAGGCUAUAGACAUUUGGUCUGUUGGGUGUAUCUUAGGUGAACUCCUUGGAGGCAAACCAUUGUUCCGAGGAAAAGAUUAUGUGGACCAACUCAACCAAAUCUUGAUGAUUUUAGGUACUCCAAAAGAGGCCACGUUGACCAAAAUUGGCUCUGUGCGUGCCCAAAACUAUGUGCGGCUGUUGCCUAUCAUGCGACGUGUACCGUAUCUGGAGCUUUUCCCAGGCGCAAAUCCUCUUGCGCUUGAUUUGUUGGAUAAAAUGCUCACCUUAGACCCUUUCCAGCGAAUUACAGUUAAUGAGGCUCUUAAUCAUCCAUAUUUGGCCAUAUGGCAUGAUCCGCAGGACGAACCUGAGUGCACAGUUAAGUUUGAUUUUACUACCUUCGAAACUGUCGAUGAUAUGGACUACAUGAAGCAGUUGAUUGUGGAAGAGGUGCAGAACUUCCGUAAAUUUGUUCGGAAACCCAUCCAAGAACAGCAGCAUGAACUUCAUAUGCAGCAACAGCAGCAACAACAACGACAACAACAGCAACAGCAACAGCAACAGCAACAGCAUCAGCAGCAGCAGCAACAACAACAUCAGCAACAACAUCAACAACAUCAGCAACAUCAACAACACCAACACCAACAACAUGCCCUGCAACAACAUCAUCAGCAGCAAAUUCAACAGGUUCACCAACAACAUCCUUCUCAGCAGCCUCAACAGCAACAUCGCCUUCCAUCGGACAAUAUCAGUCUGCCACAGACAUUUGAAGAGUUUCCGGGUAUGAUGCCACCUCCUGGGUAUGCUGCGGGUGUGAACAACACAGGCGUGUUGACAAACCCUGAACAAUUGCAAAAUGAACACGAUAUUCUGUAUUACGAGCAAAUGCCGAAACCUCAGGAGUUGGAUGAGUUUGCAUUCAUGGGCCAAAAGGCCGACAACCCCGAGCUCUUUCGCUUGGAAGAAGAAUUGGGGUUUGGAAUGGACGGCGCUCCAUCUUUCAAUGCCUAA